AUGAACACUUUCAAGCCGAUAAUAAUGGCCCAUUCGGAGGGUGAGCCGUGCAUUCGGAAUGGACAUACUGUGCAUUUUAGACAAGGUUCGUUAUUAGGAAUGAAUGAAAUUACUCGAUUUACCCUAAACACCCCGAUAUUGUCCGUUCAAAGUAAUGUAAAUGCAAAGUGGUCAACUGAUAAAAUGUACAGAAUUUCUUCAGAAAUAAUUUGUUAGUUGACCACUUUUUGAAAGCUUCAUUGGCCACUGAUAUAUGUCGUUUUGAAUGUAGACACUCCUCUUGUUAUAUCGUUGCUUCACUGCUCGUUCAAAACAAUAUAUCUCGCCAGUCAAUAGAGAUAUCAAAAAGUGAUCAACUGAUGAAAUGCUCAAAAAAACAUUGUGUACAUUUUAUUAGUUGAAAACUUUUUUAUAUCUCCACCGACAGCCAAGAAACGUUGCUUUGAAUAGACACUUUCUUAAGUGUUUAAAGUUUUUGGAAAAAUCUACUGCCACGUCACGUCAAGUUAGAAGUUUCUGGUUGGAGCUGAAGAUACGGUAAACCUUGUAGAUACCUCCCGUCGAAAAUCAGAUUUCGCUCGAAAAUGCAUCGCCGUCAUCCUCCUCCACGCGAUCUUUCUGUUCGCAAUCCUGGCCGCGCUCAUCAUCGGUCACUGGAUUUCUGAGGAAAACCAAAAGUUCAAUAGGACUUCAGUACGUCUUUUUUUUCUUUGAAUCUAUUUAGAUAUUGUCCACGACUUUCUAACGUCUAACCGCAUCCUAACACGUUUCCAGUUGAAUUCCACACUUCUCGCCGACGCCUAUCUUCUCGAAUCAUCUGGAUCUUUCGGCGCGGCGGCUUCCUCGAAAAGAACGACGACGACGACGAUUUCUCCGGCUUCUGAUGGCCACGUGGAGGCUCUGAACCAUCGUCACACGCAUCUGCUGACCACGUCUUCGGCACUGAAUAACAACAAAAAUAAGCAGCAGCCGCCGCCGAGAGUCGUCGAACGACUAAUCCCGGUGUGUAACCACACGCCGUGUGCUUAACUUUUUGCGAAAAACGACUUUGAGUUUGGUUUUUGAGUGAAAAUGGAUGGGAAUUUGCAUGAAAAGCGGUGGGACUCUCCAAAGUACCCCCUGACCUACUGAAUAUGAUUUGUGAUCCUACGCCAUCUGGGGCUAAUCUCAUUAUUUUUUGGGCGCGACCAAAACCGGCGGCCAUUCAUGCCCCUAAUAAGUGUGGCAUUCGUCGUCAUAUUGACGGAAGCGAAUCACUGUCAAUCACCCGUUUCGCAUGCAAAUUACUAAGCCAUUUGACGGUUCUCUCAAGGACUUUUCAUGCGAUUAUGCUAACAACUAACGUGUGUGUGUGUGUGAAAUUGAAGUGGCCAAAAAAAGUGAAACGCUUUAUAUCGUAAUUGUCCAUAGAGAUAUCAAAAAGUCGUCAACUGAUAAAAUGUUCAGAAUGAUUUAACGAGUAUUUUCUGUGUUGAUAACGUUUUGAUAUCUCUUCAGGCAAAUGAGAUAAAUUGUCCUACAUUAACCUCAUUCAGUUGGAGAAAAAGCGAAACUUCACUCUGGCUGACGUGUUUCCACCGCCUCCGGAUGGCGGUUUUGGGAUUGCCGAGCAGUUGCACGCAGUUCGAGCCAACAAAUUGACGACUGACGCGUUGCUCGUGCCACUUCCACUGUACAUUCUACCGUAUCACUAUGAUUUGAAGGUUUGAACAAGAAGCACACGUGUCGUUUAGAUAAUUUCGAUUUUCAGCUGGACUUUUCGCUGUUUGAUAGCGCUCUUUUCAUCCGAGCCAACAUCUCGAUCUUUUUGGAAAGCUAUGGAAACUCGACCGAAGACGAAAUCCAAUUCCAUCUCGGUCCGAACAUUAAGAUCGAGCGAAUGCGGCUGAGAAAAGACGGCCGCAAGUUCUACGCGAAGACGUUCAAACGGGAAGAGUCGAAGAAGCUGGGACGGAUAUCGCUUCGAGACCCACUUGAGAAGGGCAAGUACGUGCUGGAGAUGGAGUACAACAUGACGAUCUGCGACGAAGACGUCGACGGAGUCAGAUGCUCGCUCGAUUCCAGUACCAAUUCGUCUCUGAAGGCGACUAGCUUCACCACCAAAUUCGAGCCCACCCUCGCCCGCUCGUUUUUUCCCUGUUGGGACGAGCCGGGCGUUAAGGCGACGUUCAACAUUACGGUGAAACACGAGAAAAAGUACACGGUGCUCUCGAACAUGCCGCAAGUGCCCGAGAAUCCGCCGAAGCGGUUGAUGACGUGGCACGAGCCGAUGAUGACUACCGUAUUCCAGACGACGCCGCCAAUGUCCACGUAUCUUCUGGCUUUUGCGAUCGGUUCGGUUCAAAAACCUUCACAGUUGGUCGAAAACUUGAAAUUUUCCAGGUGAAUUCGUCAAAUUGGAGACACGAACCGAACGCGGAAUUCCGGUGACUGUGUGGACGUAUCCGGAAGACGUGAUGUCGAUGAAAUUCGCGUUAGAGUACGCGCCCGUCAUUUUCGAUCGACUCGAAGACGCUCUUGAGGUGGCAAACUAACGAGCAAAUCGGGAAAAUUGAGUGGAAUGAUGAUUUCAGAUUCCCUACCCGCUGCCCAAAGUCGAUCUGAUUGCCGCCCGCAAUUUCCACGUGGGCGGAAUGGAAAACUGGGGACUGAUUGUGUUCGAGUUCGCCUCAAUCGCCUACACACCACCGAUCACAGGUAGGAAACCACAAAUCGGAUGUUUGAUACAUUCGACGAGUCGAAAAUGACUUCCGAUGUUUUGAUAAUAGUUCAAAUGCAUUGUGUUCUUCGAAAUGUAGAUUUAUCCGUCGUGAAUACUCUAUAUACUCAAUACGAAACAGUUAUCUUUGAGAUCACGUAAACGAGACGGUGGAUCGGAUGUACAACGAGUUCCGGAUCGGCAAACUGAUCGCGCACGAGGCCGCGCAUCAGUGGUUUGGCAAUCUGGUGACGAUGAGGGACUGGUCGGAGCUGUUCCUCAACGAAGGAUUCGCCACGUUCUACGUCUACGAGAUGAUGAGCGCCGAACGGCCGUUGACGACUCAAUUCGAGUACUAUGACAGUCUGGCGACACUUGUUCAAUCACAGGCCGAAGAGGAUCACCGCUUGUCACUGGUCCGUGAGCUGUCCACCGAGUCUCAGGUCGAAUCCUCGUUCCAUCCGACCAAUUUGUACACGAAAGGAUGCGUUCUGAUCCGAAUGAUUCGCGAUUUAGUCAGUGAUUUCGAUUUCAAAGCGGCCGUCCGAAGGUAUCUUCGUCGAAACGCGUACCGUUCGGUUUCUCGCGAUGAUCUGUUCGCCAGCCUGCCCGCCUACGCAGAUCACGGAGCGGAGCAGGAGAAAUUGAAUCAGGUGCUCGAGGGAUGGUUUGUGAACGAAGGCGUUCCGGAGAUUACGCUCAUCCGGAAUUAUGAUAACGAAAUGAUGACGAUGAGUCAGAGGAAGACAGUGCAUCACGAGUAUCGGAGUUUUCUGAAGGAUCGGAAGUCGGCGACACGAUACAGAGGAACGAGAAAUGCCGACGACGGGAGCACUCUGUUCGAUGACACAUUGUUUGAGGGCUACGUGGAUAGACGCAAGGAGAAACGGAGGAAGCAUCGGCCCGCGAGAAGGAAGGCUUCGACGCCUCCACCAAUCAGUCCUUCGAGCCGUCGGGACGAACUCCGAAAACCUCGUCGUGUGGGAAAUUCGCAAGAUCUGUGGACCAUCCCGAUCACCUACAUGUUCGGAUCGUUGAAAACCUCCGAAGGCCAGGUCAUCCGAGAGUUUUGGCUCAAAAACCGGACGGUCUCGUUCGGCGACGCGGAGAUCUCUCCGAACCAGGCAGUUCUCGUGAAUCCCGAGUGGAAGUAUCCGUAUCGGGUCAACUACGAUCUGCUGAAUUGGAAGUUACUCGCCAGAACGCUGCAUCAGAACCAUCUGGAGAUCAAUGACAAAUCGCGAAUGCAGUUGCUGCUCGACGCCGAGUAUUUUCUCUCCACCUCCAACAAUCCGCAUCUCUAUCUCUAUCUGCUCGGAUAUCUGGCCCAUGAGACCAGAAUGGAGGUGAUGCUGUUCGGAAUUGAUGCCGUCUACCGAUUCAUCGACGUCUUCAAGGCCACCGCGUUGAACAAGGCCAUUCUCGUCUUUUUCGAGCCCGUCGUCUCACAAAUGGAUCAUUUGCUGAACGAGAGUCAAGUGGACGCGGAGACCGCCUCUUUGUGGCUCGUCCGGCCCGAACGGCUCUCGAAACUCUAUCAAAUGAGGUGUGCCGUCGGGCUUGCCAGCUGUAAGAAUGAGUUUCAUGUAAGUUAUAAAGGUAUUUCAAUGAGAAGUAAUCUUGUUUUUAGACUCAAAAAUGGGCUCGUUCGCCUGACGAGUGGACGGAAGACGUUCACAAACAGGUCACUGCGGUCUGCCAUCAAUUGUUCACGAGCCCCGAGGAUCAGGUCAAGAAUGUCGUAAGUUACUGAUCUCUAGAACGCCUUGAGCUAAAAUCCUUCAUGUUCCAGCAAGAUCUGCUUGAGAGCCGGCUCCAAUCCUCGGGCGCCCAAUGGGCUCUAACUGUACAGCUCUCCGCCUGCUCUCACGAUCAGAAACUGCUCCGCAAGACCGCCCGAGCCAUUGUGAGCACUAAAAACGCGGCGGUUUACGCUUCAGCCCUUCAGGUACUCAUUUUUUGACGGAAAAAGUGAACUCUUAAAUGUUCUGUUCAGUCCGACUUUUCUCUACACUAUAACGGCGCGUUCCGCAAGUAUUUGUGGGCGGAGAUUGCCAAAAUGAGCACAUUUGAAAAGACGGCACUCUUUUCGACAAAUUCCACGUCGAUUCUGCCGGCCUCGAGGAUUCUCUUGCAUUCCGUCAAGACUAUCGAUGAACUUCAACAGGUAUGUAACUCUUCCGGCUCAACGUCUACCUACAGUAAUCACAACUAGAUCCGCGGACUGCUCACCAACUGGGGACCACUUUUGACGCUCCACUUCGAGUACCUCGAGCGAUAUCUUCUGUGGGUGUCGAGUGUCUCGCAAGGAGUCCUUCAUCAGUUCUUCGCCGCCGAUUUGUCCAACUUUUGA